AUGUGCAGUGAGUGGUGGUUCUGGGAAAUCUGCGCACUUCUUGUAGGCUACUUGGGCCCUGCAGCCUUGGCAGCCCAUGUAGCCACCAUGAACAUGGUGACCAUACUUGUCAUGCCCAGCAUCGCGCUGGGAGAAGCUGCAUCCACGGUUGUGGGAAAUGCCAUCGGGGCCCGGCUGCCCAGGAAGGCAAAAAGCUUGGCCUGGCUUUGCGUAGGUUUAGAUGCCGUGAUGUGGACCUGCCUAGCGAUCACCGUGCUGCUGACGAAGGGGUUCGUCGCGCAUCUGCUCACAUCAGAUGCAGCUUUGCAGUCCAUGGUGCAGACGCUGCUUGCCAUAUAUCUAUGGGCUGGUUAUCCCGACAACAUCUCUAAUGUAAUUGGUUCCACACUGCGUGGCAUGGGAAAGCAGAAGGCACCCGUAUUGGUCUACUUGUUUUCCCUAUACUUCGUCAUGCUCCCUGCUGGCUGUACCAUGACCUGGCCCUGCCACAUGGGCGUCCAGGGAAUGUGGUUUUCCAUGCCCAUCGGCACGGGCCUCGUAACUUUCCUUUUUGGCAUCCUCCUGUGGAAGGUUGACUGGGAGCAGUGCGUCUGGGAGUCAGACGAACGGCUUCGGGUGGCUGCAAGAAAGGAGGGCCAAUCUGCAGCCUGA